GCUGCUGUUGCUAAGUUACUGUCCACACACUAGGCAAGCUUAGGCCUAGUUGUUGUUUUGUUUUUCUUCACUUUCUCCGCAUGGAUGUUAUUACUACAGCUGCACUGUUUAUAAGUGCACAAUGGAUCAAGGCUACCUGCCUGGCCUUCUAAAAAUAUGAUUAUUACGGUCUAAAGAGACGCAAGGGGUUGGUUUACCGUGCUUCAGACAGGACCACGUCGCAAAGGACACAUUGUUCGUUGGGUUGAUUUAAAAAAAAAAUAGCAGCAAAAGUACUCCCUGUGAAGCUACAAGAAAAAAGGACCUUGGCAGUUAUGCACUCGAGAGCUUAUUUAUUGCUGGAGAAAGAGUUUAUGGAGUAUGAAAAAGCCAACAUCUUUGGGAUUUCUCUUGCUCCUGUGGGAGACAACAACAUGGAGUGGAUAGCUGAAAUAGAAGGACUGAAGGAUUCCCUAUGGGAAGGAGCUGAACUCCAACUAUCAUUGCUGUAUAAUGAAAACUACAACAACUCUCCUCCAAGUGUUACUUUCAACACCAUACCUUUCCAUCCCAAUGUGGAUCCACGAUCUGGGAGACCUUGUGUGGAUUUUCUUGAUGAUCCUACCAAGUGGGACAAGAAGUUAACAAUGACUAGCAUUCUGCUAAGUAUCCAGGUUUUGCUGUCUAAUCCAGUUUUGCAUAAUGCAGUGAACUUGGAGGCAGCUAAAAUGCUGCAGAACAAUUAUUCCCUGUAUAGAAAAAGAGUUAUACAGUGUGUCAGAACUAGCCAGCACCUAGAAGCUUUUGCCAGGAAUCUCGAAAAAUCGCCAUUUAAGGGCCCAUCUGAUGAAAGUUGGCCUCCUAGCCAAACAAGAAAGAUUACAACCAUAUCAUAUGAAGAUUAUUAUUUGACAUGGUUUAAAAUUGCCACAUCAAAAGCCGCUGAAGAUUUUAAAGCCCCAGUGUUUGAAGACCCAGACUUCAUAGGAAAUCGCUAUGAAUGGAUGGCAAUGAAUGUAGGCAAAGGAGAAUGGGAUGAAAAUAUGCAUCGAGUCAUCAUCUCUGAAGUUAUUGAAAGACAUAAGAAACAAAAAUUGAUUGAAAGCCGGUCAGGCAGUCUUCAUUUCCUAAGUCCAACACCAGCCUCUGGAUCUCAAAGGUCUUCAGCUUCAGAGUCUAAGAAGGAAGACAGACAUCGAUAUGGAAGUUAUGGCAUAGAACAAUGGGAGAAGGAAGCAGAAGAUCUAUUAAUCUGGUCUACAAAUCUUGAUCAAGAAAAAAUGGGAUUAAACUGAAGUUUCAACUAUAGAUUAAGCAUAAGCAAAAUUCUAGCCUGCUGAUGUAACUCUAAAAAUGCUUAGCUGUUAAUCAGGAGACAUGUCCCCAAUAUAGUUGCAUAACUCGAUGGUCGUCAGAAAGUUGGUGUGUUCUCAAGGUCCCAGUUCUCGAAUUGCCUGAAUUACAGGGUUACCUGAUUUUUCAAGAGUAUUCUUUUGGUUCAGACAAACUUAGUUCAUCUAUGUUUGAUGUGUUUCAUUCACUGUGGGGGACAUCACAAAUAAAUUGGAAAUAUUUUAGACAUAAUUUAUUUAAUGUUUUAUACACAUUAUCUAGUAUUCUGUGGAUUACUUUAUAAAGCAUGAAACAACAGUUCCCAUGAUAGUUCCAUGCUGUGAAGGGCUUGCAGUCAGAAAGGGAGAGGCAAAAUGGUGACAAUGUAAACAGAGGAAGAACUUUUACCUUUUUUUAGUGGCACACACUUAAGCAUUUUUACCAAUAUGGCGACUUGGAGGGAUAUGCCAGUGGCAUCACAACAGACGUGGGUUUUAUAGACUGAUUUAAUGGAAGGAAGAGCCAUUGAUUUUAGUAGUAUGUUUUACUAUACAUGAUAACCAAUCAGCUACCCAUUUUCAUAAGUUGACUUAAUAUAUAAAGUACUGUAAUAAAGAAAAUGGGUAUAAAAUAUGACAUUGUUUAACUCAUAUAUGGAUGGACAACAUAUAUGGUUUAAGCUUUACAGUCAUCAUUGGGAAGAGACAGAGAGAG